GCAAAAGCGGACGGACAUCCGAGUUGAGUACACCAGGCGGGCUCGACAAGCAUACGAAGAACAGGCGGCCGUUCGCAAACAGUUUCAGCUGAGUCUUCGGCAGGGCCGACUUCAAGCAGAAGAGGAAAGUGCCGGGGGCGCCAACGGCCGGAACCGGAAGAGGAAAGCCGAAAGCUCGCAGGCUGGAACGGCUUCGAGUCACGAGCACGGCCGUUUUCAUUACACGAACAACACUCCCAUGGAUCUCUUGGAGUUACUCGGCCUGGUCAUGAGCCGAGCUGACUGCAACUUCUACGAGCUGGCCCAGUCCAUGAAGUGCACGGACGAGGAGAAUUGGCCGAUAAAUUAUUCAGAACUCGGUCGUUUCUUUAAACAAUGCUUGGCCGGUUUGGCGUUCGUGCACGAUCGGGGAAUGAUGCACUUGGACGUGAAGACCAACAACUGGCUGGUUCACGGCCGGACUCGGGUCGUGUUGGCCGACUUCGGGAAUUCCCGAAAACUCAACUUGAGCGGCAAUUGUUAUGCCAACUGCUGCUUCAACCACGACUAUCGGCCGUUAGAGCUGAUCUUGGCCGAGCAUCGGAAG